CCAGACUUGAACAAGCGACCACUGCCGGCGACACAACUACCAUGUCCUACGAACAUCGAUGUCUCAUGCGCCGUCGGCUCGAGCUGUACCACGACCUCUUGACAGAACAGCUGAGGCCUAGAAUCGAGGCUGCCGCUGCCGCUGCCACCGAAAACGAGAACCCAGAUUCCGGUACCAUCGAGUAUAUAGAUGACGAUACUGACAACACUGACGACACUGACGACUCCGACGAGGACCUAUGCGAGUGGGAUCACGCUGAGAACAAGUCGUCUGGGGAAUCAUAUGCCCGUGUCACUCAAUGGCGUUGUGGGCUUGAGAGAAACGAGGUCUCUGAGACGGACGCUCCAGAUUAUUGUGAACAGACUGAGGAGGGAUCAGGUCAAAUCGAUUUGAGGCAGCAAGAUAACAACAACGCGGCUUGUCUCACCGCGGAUGUCCGUCAUAUCGAGCAAGCCUGUAGUGUCAAUGCUGCGGACACGAGCGUGCGAAAUUGUGGAGGACCCCUAACACCACUCUUGGCUACCUUGCCAUUAAAUCCCAUGGCCAGGAAUCAAGAACAUGGACAGGAAGAGGAUGGCGAAACAGCAUCGAGUAGCUUUGAAACCACAAAGCGGGAAGCCAGCAACAUUGCAUCACCCGAUCAGGGAAAUUCGAGCUUGAAAGCAACAAGAGAUGACUCGUCGGACAAGUUCACUGCAUCACCCAGAUCCCCUUGCCGCGAGUUGUCCGUCACUGCGAGCCCAGUUCCCAUGAACAAAGACAACCAUACAGCCUCCAUACACCGACAAUCCAACCUCAUCAAUCAAUCUCAACCAACUCCCACAACCUUGAAGCUUUCGCAGUUACCUCGUCGUUCAAAGUCGCCACCCCCGCUGAACUUCUUCCCUUCCCGUUGUCCACCCACGCCACCUCCAGACACUUCCUCUUUCACCUCUACCUACUCGCCACUGCGCUUUACUGUCACUCCAGCACAACUCGAGUUUUUCUACAAACACAUCCACAAGGUCGAGUACAUGAUCAGAGGAAUCGACUACCAGUUCCAAAUGCAUGAGUACCGGGAUGAAGUCCGCCGACAGAAUCGACGAACGCGAAUACGGGCAGAGGUAGAGGAACGGAUGAGAAUCAUUGAAUGGAGCAAUGACAUUCCGGGUGAGGACUGGGGCAGUGUGGCAGGUAUGGAUGAGACCGAGCUGGUUGAGGAGUCAGCGGAAGAGAUCGGACAGCAGAGCUGGGAGAAUGAUACUGUUGUUGCGGUGUGGGAUACUGGUGGUUUGGAGGGCAAUCAGCCCGCAGACACCGAAGGGGAGGGUGAUGAUGAUCCCAGCUCUUAUGAGCCUGGUGGGGUGGGAGAUGGCUGUGCUACAGAUGGACAUGGGGAAGAAGAUGAUUCUGUUUGGGUCGACGGAGCCGGAGAUGAGGAUGCGGACGCUGCUGCAGAUGGUACCAGCAGCGAUGAGACCGGAUGGAAUUGUGCUUGGUCGUCCACUUGCUUAGAGCCCGAGAAGAAGACCCAGCCUCAUCAACCAACCAAAAGCAGCUCACUUCGAAAGGGAUACACCCCUGAUGAUAUGGUCUGGGAGGAGGCGGUGGCCGAGGCUGAAUACCUAAGAAGCUUUGGGCAUCAAUCUAAGAAGGACAAGCGUGGACGAAGGUACUGGCGUUUGUAA